UGAAACAGAAAUAGACGAUAAAAAUGGCGCCUUGAGUACAUUUUCACGUUGCGUAAAAUUUCUCGAGGUUUUACUGACGUGCCACCCAGAAUUUGAUCGGGUUUCUUGGUAGGUUUGUGUAUUUUUGUGGAUAUCGAUAGAGUCGAGGAUGUUCGUGGCAAGAAGUAUCGCAGCGGACCACAAGGACCUCAUCCACGAUGUUUCUUAUGACUUCCAUGGCCGAAGGAUGGCCACUUGUUCGAGUGAUCAAAGUGUCAAGGUUUGGGAUAAGAGCGACAGCGGGGAAUGGCACUGCACAGCGAGCUGGAAGACGCACAGCGGCUCCGUGUGGCGUGUGACGUGGGCGCACCCCGAGUUCGGCCAGGUGUUGGCGUCCUGCUCCUUCGACCGCACCGCCGCCGUGUGGGAGGAAAUAGUCGGAGAGUCGAACGACAAGCAACGCGGGCUCAGUCACUGGAUAAAGAGGACCACGCUGGUGGACAGUAGGACAUCGGUGACUGAUGUAAAGUUUGCCCCGAAGCACAUGGGUCUGGUUCUGGCCACAUGCUCAGCUGAUGGCGUGGUUCGCAUCUAUGAGGCACCGGACGUCAUGAAUCUCAGCCAGUGGAGCCUGCAGCAUGAGAUCUCCUGCAAGCUGUCCUGCUCCUGCAUCUCAUGGAACCCCUCCAGCUCCCGGGCCCAUCCUCCUAUGAUUUCCGUGGGCAGCGACGACAACAAUGUGACCUACAGUGGAAAGGUCCAGAUCUACGAAUACAAUGAGAACACCAGGAAGUAUGCCAAGGCAGAAACACUGAUGACCGUUACUGAUCCAGUCCACGACAUCGCUUUCGCUCCCAACCUUGGAAGAUCCUUCCACGUGCUGGCCAUAGCCACCAAAGACGUGCGCAUCUUCAAACUCGUGCCCCUCCGGAGAGACAGCACUACCAGCUCUGGCCCCACCAAGUUCGAGGUGCAGCUGCUGGCCCAGUUCGACAGCCACAACUCGCAGGUGUGGCGAGUCAGCUGGAACAUCACCAGUACCUUGCUGGCGUCCUCCGGGGAUGACGGCUGCGUUCGGCUCUGGAAGGCGAACUACAUGGACAACUGGAAAUGCACUGGGAUCCUGCGAGGAGAUGGCAGCCCCGUGAAUGGCUCGUCUGUUCAGGGCCUGGCCCUGAACACCCCGGGGUCCUCUGGAGCGCCGACCCCUCAAAACAGUGUGGCAGGGGCAGCAUCUGCGGGCAGAAAAAAAGCUCAGCUGAUGCCAGGCUAAUGGCGACUGACAGCUUGCUGCAUGUGCGCACACACAGGAUUGGACGAGAAUCCCAGUAACCCCUCCCCCAGCACUGAGUGACACCUCUACAGACCAACCAGACACUCCUCAAUCUACUAAUCUAACAGCCGCUGCUGCCAUGUGGCACUGACUGUGUUUGGUGUGUGGAUACUGCAAGAAAUGCAGACGUGUUGCUUGUGUCUGUCGUUUGAUGGCAUUUUCUUGUUGUGUUUUUGUUUUUACUAUUAAUUUCAUAUAAAGAUCUGUGUAUUAAAAACACAUUGCUCCCUAGGGAAAUGUACAAUAUAUGUAUGUACUUUUUUUUUUUUCUUUCUUGUGCGGUAAAAUAAAAGAAGAAUGAUUACAGUAAUAGUCGAAAUUGGAUUUUAGGCUAAAUGUCUGUCGUGUGUUUCAUAGCACAUGUAGUCCACCAAUGAACAGCCUCUGAUUAGACGAUGCAUGACACCGCAUUAUGAAGUCACCAAAAUAAUUUAACAGGGGCUUUUAUUUUGAAAGCCAGCUGUUUUCCAGUAAUUUUAAGAUCACUGGGUAGUGCAGAAAAUGAUGCAUUGUAGAUUCCACAUUCUCCUCACAAUUUUUUUUAUUUAUUUUUUUUUUGUGUGUUUGGGAUAUUAGAAUGGAUUUAGUUAGUAACCUGCUUACUAAUGCCUCAAACUACUAAUCCGUGGCUGUGUAUUUGCCAAUGUAGCCUGAACUCAUGAUUCUUUAAUGAGUAUGUUCUGCUGUUACAAAGUACUAACAGUAGAGGGAGACACUGAGCUUGCUUGGUUGCUUUUUACUCUUCAGUUUUAAUUCCUCUCACCAGCAGGAAGCAGUUCAGCCAGUUCUAGUGACCAUAUCCAGAUUUCAGUCGUGUUACUGGAUGUGUUACUUACAUUUUUGCUGAAAACCAAGAUGCUGUUUGAACAGAUUAUGUUCAGUAAUGUUAAACAGGAGCUGGAGGAGACGCGCUGGUGACCUGAUGAUCUGCACUUUUAAUUUGUAAUGUGUGUUUGUGCGUGCUCUCCCUUCUACUUCAUUUCUUAUGUUCAAAGCAAAACUCUUGCUUGGAUAUUCCAUCAUCUUGAGGUUGUCACCAAUCUUCAGUACAUUUGGUUUUAACAAAAAGGAAGUACAGUUUUGUAAGCAGUUUUUAAAAGCUGUUACGACUUUUGGGGUGGCUUAGAUGUGUGAAAUAAAGGGUCGCAAAUAAAGCAGCAUGGUGUGUUA